AGAUGUUGAGUGUGUGUGACUGCUUGAUCUUACAGCAGAAAAAAAGAAAAUAGAUUCCAGGACAAAAGAGGCAGGAGUUAUGCUUCAAGGAUGUUUCAUUUCUUUACUUUAUGCACAGACUAUCUGUCUGUGAAAAACAGAUGUGCAAUGGGGGAUCAUUUCACCAGCAGUUUAAUGUGGCACUAUUGCAGUUUCGAGGCUGCUGAGAACAGAUCAGCUUCAUUGAUUAAACCAUAGGCUGAAAUUGCUUAUUAUAAGAAUGAGGUUAGAAUUUGACAACUUCAAAUUAUAGUUUUAAAUGUCUCUAAAUCAAUUAUUAUUGAUUGGUAAAAAUAGAGGUUAAAUAUGUUUGAACCUGUAUGUUUAAACCUGCAACCUUGUGGAAUCACCUUUUAAGUUGACAUGGUGAACUUGUUAACAAACUUGCUUAUUUACACAUCCAGCAGAUAGGGAGCAAUAUUAUCUUUCAUCUGGAGUCAUGCUUAUGAUGUAAAUCCAAUAUUCACUCUCUUUUUGCUGUUUUUAGUCUCCACUAACUGCUGGGGGAAAUAUCUAGCUCCUUUAGCUGCUCCACCAUGCUCACCGGCUAGUCACUAACUCUGCCUGUAUGGUAUUUGGUGCUGAGCCGGUAGUGUACAGUGGGUUUUUAAAGCCUCUUCACUGAAAAUGGCGCUAUGACAGAGGAGAGCGUAAACCAAAACACUUAAGAUGCAGGCUGGACAGCUAAACUGUUAGCUAAAUCUUGCUAUAAAGCUCCUGCAAAUUAGUCCCCUAUAAGUUCAGGUGACCCCUUUGACAUUGUCAUUUGAUCCAUUGUUGGUAUAAAAGUAUUGAUUGUGUAGCCUCUUUAAACAUACAUUUUCCCCCCUCCUCUUACUGUAUAUCAAAAUUCAGUGCUCAGUAAAUGCUCGGAAAAUGUCAAUGCCGAACUUACAGGUCGACACUUCACCUUCUUUGUAGUUACUCAUAAUAUUCUCAUAAUUUAACUGUCGGCUGAAGCUAGGGUUUCAUUUCUGAUCUCUUCCAGACUGUAUAUGUGGAGAUAUAGAGGAGUGGAGGGACUGCAUGGGCAGGGCACUCAGGGAAGGUGGAGGUGUAAUUUCAGAUGUGCACUAACCGACCAGAACAGCAGUUAUCUGAGCUCAGCCUUCAAAAGCAGCAGCGCUGGAGUCAUCAAGACCAGCUGUGCCCCUCAUUCCUGGCUGAGUGUCUGAGCGCUCCGAGGACAGGGCUCUCCAUGAGAAACGCAUAGACAUCCGGGGUUAUUAACAGUCUUCACAAGAUUAUAAACUUCCUGAGAGGAGUUGUUUAGGCACUCGUUUCUGUGUGUUGAUGUAUGGCGCUCUACUCCUUGUGUUGAGUCUUCUUAAACAGAAACAUGGGAUUUUUGAGCAGCUUAUUGUGGUAUAGCUUUUGUAGUUCUGCAAUAAGUCUCUGAUAGGCUGCUAAUCUCAGUCUGUGUUUAGAAGUAAGUGUCCAGAGUUCAGGCAGAUUAUAGAGAGGUUAAGCUGUCUAAAAAAUGGCUGUGCAGCUGUUUAGAUUAGUGAGCUUGUUCUCUGGGCAGUCAAACAUGAUCCCCACCCCCAAAAAAACAAACAAAUCCUGUCAGCAUAUUUUUGCAUUAGCUUUGUUAACCUGUAAAUCCUGUUCUUAUUUGUUGUUGGUUUCAGCUCUCGGGAGGAGCUUCCUAAGCCUCACUUCCAUCUUCGUCUCUUUUGUCCCAAACAUGGAUGAGCAAGCGAAAUUAAACUCUAGUGAAUCUGUUCCAGGUUCAGAAACAAACGGAGUGAGGGUCACUGUAGGUGUAAGAGGGGUCCUGUUAUAUGCUGGAGGACACAUGGAUAUGAAGAAAUAGAAGCAUCAGUUGAGGCCCUCCAGCUGACCUCUGGGCUAAGUCCUGUCUGUGGGGCUUUGUUGUUGGUGGGCCAGCUGAACUGGCGUGUGUGUGAGUUAGAGGUAAUGAAGUCCAGUAUGAGGCAGUGGCGGAGGCUGGUGCUGGUGGGAAUGCUGGCCUGGGUUCUUCUCUUCCUUGCCCUCCUCUCUUACUUCCUGGAUGCUCGCGUGACUGAGCCCCUGACCUCUGUUGGUUCUUUACUCUCCCAGCACCCAGACACCCGUCGCCUGGCCUCUAUACAAGCCCCUAAUCAACAGCAUGCCAACCUGGGCCUCCGACCUGAACUGGCUUCCCCCUUAACUACAACCUACCCCAGAGUUGAGCUGGAGCCUUCUGCCAGCUCCACCACCCCAGAGCCCAGCCUGGACAUGAGCCUCAGCCCCAACAGUGCUCCCUACGCCAUUUAUGUUAGCCAGGAGGCCAGCCACCAGGACUACCUGGACCAACAGAGCCUGGCUGCCUGGUCCUCCUUUGGUACAGAAAAUGUGGGUUCUCACUCAGACCCUGUAGUCCAGAGUCGAGAGAGAACUUCCCAGAUCACAGAGGACCAGAACCACGUCAGCACCACACGCUACCACGGUGGGGAAGAGGAAGACGAUGAUAGGGAAAAUGAAGAACUAGGAAACAGAAUGAGGACUACAGCAGACAGGAGGGCUGGUGAUGACUCCUCUGAUCUGGAGCAAUAUUACUUCUCCAAGUCGUUGUCUGUGGUGCAGCGGCUGUGGCAGGGCCGUGUGUCUGCCAGCAUGCUGAGUCCUCGGCUGCAGCGAGCUAUGAAGGACUACAUGAGUGCCAACAAACACCACGUUUCCUACAAGGGGCAUCGCAGGGUCGCCCGCAGUGCUAAGGAGCUGCUUUGUCAAAUUAAAGCCCAGGCACAGCUGAGCACAGUGGACGGGUCGGAGAAGCCCUUCUCCUCACUCGGUUGGGCUGGUCUUGUGCCGUCGCUUCCUCUGGAGCAACUGUUUAGGCAGCAGGACCAGAGCAGCUUCAAGAAUUGUGCGGUGGUCACCUCGGCUGGUGCCAUCCUGCGUUCAGGCCUGGGCAAAGAGAUUGAUACUCAUGAUGCAGUUUUGCGGUUCAACGCUGCACCUACAGAGCGGUACGAGAGAGACGUGGGGAGCAAAACCACUAUCCGCAUCAUCAACUCACAGAUUUUGGCCAAUCCUCAGCAUCGAUUCAACACAAGCUCAAUCUACAAGAAUAUCACUCUGGUGGCCUGGGACCCUGCACCUUACACUGUCGACUUACAAGAGUGGUAUGAUACUCCGGACUACAACCUUUUUGGUCCGUACGUGGAGCACCGCAAGCUCCAUCCUGACCAGCCCUUCUACAUCCUUCACCCCAGCUAUGUGUGGCGACUUUGGGAUGUGAUUCAGAGCAACACUCAGGAGAAUAUCCAGCCUAAUCCUCCCUCAUCUGGCUUCAUAGGCAUCCUCCUGAUGAUGGCGCUGUGCGAGAAGGUGCAUGUAUAUGAGUACAUCCCCUCCAUGAGGCAGACAGACCUGUGCCACUACCAUGAGCGUUAUUACGAUGCUGCCUGUACACUGGGUGCUUACCAUCCCCUGCUGUAUGAGAAGAGCCUGAUCCAGCGGCUCAACGUGGGACUCGAGAGGGACCUCAGAAGGAAGGGACGGGUCACUAUUCCAGGCUUCAGCACCGUCGACUGUGACAUUUGAGAUAUGAAGACUGACCCUCAGAGCCCGAACAUACACACACGCUGCGGCCGUUUCUGGCUGACUAAGGGAGAGGUGCAAUAAAGCCACAGGAGACAAGGAGGCUGGAGCUUACAUGUUUCAAAUUAGAUCCAUGAAGAACCUAAGCCAUAGCCCUCCAGGGAGGGCUUAACAUGGAGGCUUCUGAAAUAACUUGUCUUCAUUAAUAUGGUUUACUAGACCAGAGACUGGCAGGAAGAGUCUCCAAGAUAUAGAAAAGACAUUUCUCUCUGCUUUAGCUGAGCCAUGUUAGCUAUGGAGCUAACUAGGGUAGCAACAAUGUUUUUAGGUAGACAAGUGAAUUUUCAAUAACUCUGUGUAUUUCAGUGUUGUAAACUCUGUGUUUUUCAAUAGUAUGGGUGGUUCUCCACUUAUAGGAAAUGCCACUGUUUAUAACGGUGGAUAUCUCGGAUUUUGUUUUUUACUAGGUAAAAGGGUUGUGAAUAAGCAAAGAAGUCAUCCACGCUGAAUGUCAUAAAUGCAGCAUAUACACAAAUUCACACAAACGCAUAGAGCAGCGGUGUGAAAAACCAUUUUGAUUGAGCUGUCACAGCAGUCACAUUACUGUACAUGUCCUUGCUUUGCAGCAGGCAUUCCAGUUCGACAUUCCUCUAUCUUCUUGUGAAACCAGAAGUUGUGCUUUGUGUUGCCAUGAGGAGUUUAUUUCACACAACUGAUGUUGUUAAGCUUGAUACUCUUCUGUGCAUGCCAACUUGUGAGCUCACGACCACCAGUUUGUCGCACCUUGUUCACACGUUUAGAAUGAUUCCUCAUUUAGUGUCAAGAAGCCUGUCUCUCAUUUAAGAGCCCACAGGAAGGAAGGCGCACCGGUGGUCCUUUUUGGAUUCAUCUUACCUAUAGUAAACUAUUUUACGGAUGGUGUAAUUAAAUCAAAGUAAAUGGGGCCAAAAUGGAUCUUCAGAACAAACCGGUGCUCAGAACAGCCGUAACCCUGUGCCUGGUGGUCGACUGAACACUUCCCUUGGGUUGCCUUGUGACUGUUCAGGUACAUGCAGUACAUACUGCGGCAGGACUGCAGUAACGUGGAGUUAAAAUUGUCGUGAGAGUUGUGGAGCAAUUGAUAUUGCUAAAGUGAGCCGUAUCAGGGGAUUCUCAGCCCAGCCUUCACCAGACCCUGUUUUUAACGGUCAGCUUACUCUUUAUUGAAUGUAAUUUUACCACUGCGUGUAACGGCCAAAUCCUCCCUUGAACUCACAAUUGCAGUAUGGUCUGCAUAUGUGCAGGGUUAUUUCUUUGUCAUGUAACAGCAUGAAGCUCAUUUCCUACUAUUAUUUCCAACUAUAAAUAUUUCCUGAAUCCUCUGGUUUGUUGGUCUAUACCCUAAGAUGGGGGACUAUUAUAAAGGUAUUUGAACCGGUAAUCAUCAUACUUGCUUUGUCUCCAGCUAGGGUGAUUUUUUUAUGUUUACAGUCAGUCAGUGCCACAUCUGCAGCUCUGGAGGUUUUUGUUCAGUGUCUAGAGGAGGAUCGGUUGUGAUUUUUGCUGCUGACAUUCAGUCAUAUGACAGAUGUUUAUUGGUACGUGUGGUAUUCUACGAAAUGUUCUUGUGCCAUUGGUUGUGGUAUAAGAUGUGAAAACUUUUUUUUGUUGAAUUAGAUGGCUCUGUAUUAGUAGUGGUAGUAUGUUUAAAAAAAAAUAAAAAAAAAUCUGGGGCUAAGCAUUACUUGUUGAGUAGGGCUGGGUAUCAUCUAAAAUGUGUCAGUACUAUUGCAAACAUGCACUGUGCUGAUAACAAAACGAUACAUUUUUUAAAACCCUUUUUUUUUUUUUUUGCAAAACAAAAAAUGUUUUAUAGCUCAGGCAAUACCUGAUCUAAUGAAAGAAACAUGCAUCGGACCAAGAAUUUGGUGCCCAUUUUCAAUACUUGAGUCGGGGUGGGCGAUAUAGAUCAAAUUUGCUGUUUUAUAUUGCAAAACUCGUAUAUUCGCGAUACAGUAAAUUUUCUCGAAAUUCUGUUGAGAAUCUACACUCAGUUGCCAGUUUAUUAGGUAAACUUUGUUAAAGCCCUGCAAUAAAUUCAUUCAAAUAAAUGGUAGUGGACAAAAUAUUAGAAACUUAGAUGAAUGCAGCACCACACACUGCAGCCAGCAAAAUGAUCAUACAGUUGAAUCAACAUCUCUCUAAAACAGUUACCUCAAAAACAGACCACUCUAACCGUUAUGAAGUUGUGAUUUACUGCUCUUGCAUUAGACUGCAUUACUUUUAGCUAAGUGGUCCUAAUAAGGUGGCAACUGAGUGUGUGUAUAGUUGAAAUAACCAGAUGGGAAAGAAUAAUUCAGUGAAUUACAUACAUGACAAAGGUACUUCAUCACAUUGAUGCAAAAUUCUGUAAAUCUAAUAUUACCACAAUGUAGUUCUCAUUGAUUUGCAAGCUCUCUCGGUAUAAAUUGUAUAGAAAUAUCUCUUAACAUUUGACAAAUCGUCUCACAUUAUAUGUAUAGUUAUAUCGCCCAGCCCUACUACACUGUUUUUGAGAUGCUAUGGAUGUGUUUAGCUUGGAAUGAAAAAGAAAGUGAGGUUUGAUACCCAGGUGGAUUGUUUGGCAUGUCAUUAGAAGAUUAUUGGAACAAGGAACCCAGUAAAGUCAGAGGACUGCAAUCAAGGUUAAAAAAAAAAGAAGAAGAAAGGAAGCGUUUUCUAAAACUUUGGAGAUUAUAUCAUUAUUCAUUUUAAAUCAUACAGGUUCUCAACUCUGCUGUCAUGUUUUUAGAUAAUUAUAAAAUGUUUUAUUGCUUGUGAUUGUAACACACUGAAGGUGCAAAAACCCUGAACAUUGUACAUGUAAAUUUUAAUACCUUUUUGAUUACUUUACAGUGCACAAAGCAUGCAAAUCAGGAUCAGGGCUAAGAGUCUUUAAAGUGUCUGUGCUGUACUGUGCUGCAAGUAGACACCAUUGUCAUUAAUGUUGUGAGAGGCGAUUGUGCUAUAAUUCUUUUUUUUUUUUUUUUUUUUUUUUUGCUGUGUUCUGCAGAUUGUAGUGCAUGCUUAUGGACAGGGAAAAUCACAUCCAGCUGCGGUGCAGUUAUUAGUAGUUCCCUGGGAGCACUUAAUCAAGUGCCAAAUUCCAUUUUUUCUUAUGUCUUAGCAGGGUUGGGUUGAGCACGGGAUGAGAGAGUCAGAGUAAUAGCAGGACUUUAAGGCGCUAUUGCUUUUCUCUGGAAUGCUUAAGGUGGAAUUUAAUUUAAUGUUUAAUCCUCUUCAAGACAACAAUUUUAUUGCCAGAAUUAAAUACAGGACAUUGUGCCGACACGUUAUUGUUGACCAGGGGUGAGAUGAGAAAACAUGUUUGAAGACAUAUUUAUUUUACUUUCCCAGUCUGCCUCUUUCCCUCCUCUCUUUACUCUCGAGGCCUAUUUUUCAUGUCUUGUUUUUACUCUGUAUUGUGGGAAUUGCUGCACCACACUGCCUCUUAAGGAUUGUUCAACAUUUAAGUUUUUUUUAUUACAUUUCCCUCCUGUUGGAUUCCUAAAAAGAGGAAGAGAAAAAGAAGCAUCCAUGACUGAACCUAAUAAGAGUUCCUGUUUUCACUCCCGACAACCUUAGGGUGUUCUUCAUGACUUUAAUUUGUCAUUAAAUUCUCUUCUUGAUAUUUGUAGGAUUUUGGUUGUAAUUUGUCUUUUUCUUACUGUGUAAAUAAAGCUGUUGUACCUGUCAAA